CUUCCACACCAGCUACAUCAUUCCCAGAUUUGUUAUUUCAGUUCUUCUUUGUAUUAACACUUCUACUUCCGCAACUUGAUUCAGCGAUGCCAUCAAAGCCCGAAAAGAAAGGCCCUAUCAAUGCCUGGAAGUGUUGCCAGUGCGAGGAAGCAAACUUACUAGUACUUCAUCAUGAUCGAUGUCCAGCUUGCAACCAUCGAGAAUGUCGAGCCGGCUGCAAGAGGAUCCACCUCAAACCGAGGAGGGCCUCUCAAAGGGAGGACCGGACACCUCCUCGACAAUCUCGCUAGCUCGGUGCUCUUUGCGAAGUCACGGGUCAGUCAAGCGAUCCGCGGUCAUGGGCGGUCACACGCGCUGAGUAUACCGCCAUCGUGGUCUGAGAAUUGCGUCUUUCAGGGAUUACGCAGACGUUACGGAGGAGCUGCUCGAACCUAAGUCAAGCAUUGUGGCUCGCAGCGCCUACAAGGUUUCGAAGCAGAUCGAGAUCGUUGAUUGAAAGUGGCAGGCUUUGUUCGACAUUACUUUGCAUUACUACUAUAGCUUACAUGGAUUUCCC